AUGAAGAAGAAAAAUCUUUUCAAAAUCUUCCAAAAAAGGUUAUGGUAGGGUCAGAAAAAUGGAAAAGAAGACUUAGUAUUCCCAAUUUAUUUGCCUCAUAUUUUGAAGUUUUAGGGGAAUGGGAAUGGGAAUGGGAUUUGGAGUGGGAAUAGUUUAACUGAAUUUUUUAAGAAUCUUUCUAAAAAUUUUUGA